GUGGUGGAAACGUUUUGAUUUAAUUCAUAUUUAUCCGUUGAAAACAGAAUGUCCUUGAAGAACCUUCUGCAGUCGAUGCGUUCACCGGCAAUCUCCAAUUAUGUAACCCAGUCUAGCCGGUUCCACACGAGCGCCGUCUGCAACGAAAUCCGCAAGCUGGCCCGGUUACGAGUGGUGGACAACAGCGACAUCGGUAAACGGGCCAUGGCCGAGGGAAAACCGCCCAAGUGCAUCCACGUGUACAACAAGCAGAUGGUGGCCAAGGUGGGCGAUAAGGUUCUGGUGGCGAUCAAGGGCCAAAAGAAAAAGGCCAUUCUGGUCGGAUGCAAGCAGAAACAGCAGCCAAAGAUUCCCAAAUUUGAUAGCAACAACGUCGUGCUGAUUGACGAUAAUGGGACGCCGCUGGGGACGCGAAUUCACGUGCCUAUUCCGACGAUUUUGCGGACCAUUUUGAAGGAGAAGACCCAGGCCAAGGGAGCCGAUUACACGAAGCUGCUGGGCAUUGCCAGCAGGUUCGUGUGAGGUUUGGGAUGGGAUAGAAUAAACUAGAGUUGAAUGAAA